AUGGACCUGAGCGCCGCCGCCGCGCUGUGUCUCUGGCUGCUGAGCGCCUGCCGUCCCCGCGACGGGCUGGAGGCUGCAGCGGUGCUCCGAGCGGCGGGUGCAGGACCAGCCUGGAGCUCCCGGGGCGGCGGCGGCGGACGGACCCUCGUCCCGGCUCGGAGGAACGGCUCGGUGGUGCCACACCAUUUCAUGAUGUCGCUUUACCGGAGCCUGGCUGGGAGGGCUCCAGCCAUGGCAGCCUCGGGGCAUGGCCGCGCGGACACGAUCACCGGCUUCAUAGACCACGCAACUCAAGAGGAAUUGGCGACCGAGCCCGGCCAGAGGUUUCUCUUCGAUUUAUCCAGCCUCCCCGACGCGGACGAGGUAGUAAGUGCUGAGCUGCGCGUGUUGCGUCGGAGGUCUCCGGAGCCAGACCAGGACAGAGCGACCCUCCCUCCACUGUUGCAGCUGUCCUCGUGCCCCGACGUGACCCAAACAUCCCACCUACUGCACUCGCGGGCUGCCGAACCCCUAGAAGUUGCUCGCUGGGAAGAGUUCGAUGUGACGGACGCGGUGCAGAGCCUCCGUCGCGAGCCGCGCGCCUCCCCCAAGUUCUGCCUGGUGUUGCGCGCAGUGGCUGGCACCGGGAGCAGCCCGCUGGCCUUAAGACGACUGGGCUUUGGCUGGUCCGGCGGUAGUACCGGCGAUGGCACUGCUGCGGAGGAGCGCGCGCUAUUGGUGAUCUCCUCCCGUACACAGAGGAAAGAGAGUCUCUUCCGGGAGAUCCGCGCCCAAGCCCGCGCUCUCCGGGCAGCCGCAGAGCCGCCACCGGAUCCGGGACCAGGCGCUGGGUCUCGGAAAGCAACCCCAAACGGACGUAGGCGAAGGCGGACGGCGCUGGCGGGGACACGGGGAGCACAAGGCAGCGGCGGAGGUGGCGGCAAGGGCCAUGGGCGCAGGGGCCGGAGCCGGUGCAGCCGCAAGCCUCUGCACGUGGACUUCAAGGAACUGGGCUGGGACGACUGGAUCAUCGCGCCUUUAGACUACGAGGCGUAUCACUGCGAGGGCGUUUGUGACUUUCCUUUGCGCUCGCACCUGGAACCCACCAACCACGCCAUCAUUCAGACUUUGCUCAACUCCAUGGCACCCGACGCGGCGCCAGCCUCCUGCUGCGUGCCCGCACGCCUCAGCCCCAUUAGUAUCCUCUACAUCGAUGCCGCCAAUAACGUGGUCUACAAGCAGUAUGAGGACAUGGUGGUGGAGGCCUGCGGCUGCAGGUAG